AAGGAACAUACCAAUUCGGUGUAUUAUCUGGAAAUCAGUCUCCAUGGGUGUGAUACGAGAGAAACUCAGAAUCAAAAAUCAAAUUAUCAAAGAUAUGUUAGGAGAAUUCCUGGGAACAUUCUUUCUUGUCACGUUUGCUGUAGCUGCCAGUGCUCAAUAUGUUCUUACAGAUCUCAGUAGUUUUCUCACACUCAAUUUUGCCAAUGGAAUGGGUCUAGUAUUUGGUAUAUACGCCGCCGGUGGGGUUUCAGGUGCAUCAUUAAACCCCUCUGUCGGUAUAGCUUUGUGUUUAAGUGGGUUUAUACCUUGGUAUAAAUAUCCGUUUUACACUGUUGCUCAAAUAGCUGGUGCCUUUACUGCGGCUGCUGUACAGUACGGUGUUAAUUAUGACAUGCUGAAUGCAUAUGACGGUGGCAACAGAACUACAUAUGGUCCUACAGCUACUGCAGGGAUCUUCUCCACAUUUCCAAAUCCUAAGGUGUCUACUUUAAACUGCUUCUUUGACCAGGUUUUUGGUACCUUCAUAUUAGCUCUUUGUAUACUUUGUAUACUUGACAAAAGAAAUUUUAUGCCACUUGAUAAAGGUUUAAUACCGCUUUCUAUGGGAGGAAUUGUGUUUGCUAUUGGUACAUGUUGGGCUGGUAACUGUGGUUAUGCUAUCAAUCCAGCUCGAGAUCUGGGUCCUCGGUUAUUUACGGCUGUUGCAGGGUGGGGACUAGAACCUUUCAGUUAUCGUAACUGGCAGUGGUUCUGGAUUCCUAUCGCUGGGCCAAUUUGUGGGGCCACGCUAGCUUACAUCAUUUACCAACUAUUUAUUGAACUACAUUGGACACCUUUAGAACCAGAGCCUGUAGAUACUAUUGUUGUCACUGCUAAUGGAACGAAAGAAAAAUCGAUGGAAUUAAUGGGAGUGGACAAUCAUGCAUUUAAAUCAUCUAAAGAUGAUGAGCUAGACUUAGCAACCAAACUGUGAUAGAAUUAACUGGAAAAAAAUAUUAUUAUAAAGAACUUUAUAGUGAAACACCAAGUGCUUUCCAAAAUUGAAACAAUCGUCAUAGUUAAUUUUAUCUCCUAUCACCGGAUACAUUUUAAAAACUACUCUUCUCAGGGCCCGAUUAAAGCAUGGGAUUUAGGGGCUGCUGCCCAUGCCCAUGGGCCUCUGAUGGGGGGGGGGGGGGCACAGAGAUUAAGAUUAAAUUAUUUCAUUUGUGAAUAUUGAAUCAAAGUAUAAGUACACUAAAUUAUGUAUUUUAAAAAAGGGUUCAAGUAUAUAUAUUAUUUACAGUUAAAAUACUAAGGCAAAUAAGAUCCACUGAAAUGAACUGUUUGUGUUGGGGGCUCACAGUGUAUGUAGCCUACAAAGUCUUAAUGAGACGUCAAAGUGGCCGAUAGAAGUAUAGUGUUGAAUAUGUUAUGAAAUCUUAUUCAGAAAUAUGGCUUAAAUGGAAUGGUGUUUAACGUCCUACUGAAAACAUGGCUUAAAGAUAUUUGUUGGGUGAUGAAGAGCCACAGUUAUUGGUUGGUCUUUCAUUGUGUAAAAUUUUAUUAAUGAUGAUAAACCAGUAUGUAUUAUAUUUAAAGUUAAUAGCCAUGUAUUUAUCAAAUAUGUUGUCAUUGAAAUGGAGAAUAUUUUAAGGGUCCGUAUUCAAUUAAUUGCCUUAAAUUUAAGUUUAAGUUUUAAGUAUUCACCUUAAAUCGGUACUUUUGGAACCUUAGCUACGGUGUUUGUCCUCAGUUGUUCAGGCACCUCUCUGUACUGAAGAGUAGAACUAGCUCCACGUAUGCCAUGUUGUCUGCUAUCCCGUGGCACGUUAUGGAACCUUAAUGCCACAAGCCCAGUAUUUUUGACUGAAGAGAUCCGAAUGAAAUAGGGGUGACUGGGGGGAGAUUGUGAAGGGAAGGGGAUUUAGGGACGAAUUUCAUUGAUAUGUAUGCAUUUUGUAAUAUUGUAUCAACCCAUUAGUGAAAAUAAUCAUUUUACAAGAUAGAACAUAUUUAGAGCUUUGUAAUGUACAUAAUGUAAGUAAAUCAUAUUAUAUAAGCCUCUCACAUGUAGUUGUAGUGUUCUGUCAGAGUAUUAACAAGUCAUACUUUAACCCAAAAGCUAUUGGGUUGUCAAAUUCCAUAAAUCACCACAGGAAGGAAGAAAUGUGUACUGAUAUAGCCAAUUUGAUUUGUAAGUAAGUUCAUGUGAUCUGAUUUCAGCUUACAAAUGAAAUACAUCAGAUUUUAAUGUAUUACACCAUAAACAUAAAAUAAAAUGCAAUUGAAA